AACGCCAUAGUCAGCACGUUCUCUCCAUUAAUUAUUCUCCUUUCCCUUGCGCCAGGCCAGCGAUGGCGGAUCUAUUGCUCUCCGCCGCCUCCCACCAACUCGGUUCCUCACCGGAGCUCUACGUCCGGCCCGAGUCCCAGCGUCCGCGCCUCGACGAAGUUAUCAGCGACGCCACCAUACCCAUCGUCGACGCCUGCGCGUAUUACGAAUUCCUCCAGGCGGUGAAUCAUGGAGUGAGGAUGGAGUCGAUGUGGGGGACAAGGGGGACAAUGGAGGUGGCGCAGGAGUUUUUUCGGCUGCCGGCGGAGCAGGAAGCGAAGUACUACUCCGACGAUCCGACGAAGAAGAUAAGGUUCUCGACGAGCUUAAACAGCAGGAAGGAGACGGUGCAAAACUGGAGGGACUACCUUCGACUCCAUUGCUAUCCCCUUCAAGAUUUCACCCCCAAGCAGCCUUCCAGUUACUCUUCCUUCAAGGAAAUGGUCAGAGUUUACGGCAAGGAAGUGCGAGGUCUGGGAUUUCGAACGCUGAAAUUACAGGCCGAACUGCAACUUCCAACAGCACAUGCGCUGACGCUAGAUCUGGAGAAGGCGGCAGAGGACAGAGCGGUCUCAAACAGUAGUGGCGGCGGCUGGGGCCUUGGCUGCGGUGGCGAUGGUGAGGGUCGGGCAGGGAGAGGGCGUGGUCCGACUGCAGUGGCUGAGGAGGCCAGGGUUUCAAACACUAGUAACUUAAAGACCAUCGGAGAAUUGGCCAUGCCGUUGGCGGCGUGCAUUGGACUCUAUUCGAUUCAUGGGGACGAACAACUGCGGCACCGCCACCCCUCCCUGUACUUCCCUCUCCUCAUCUCCCUCGGCUUCGGAGCCUACGCGAGCCUCUACUCUGUUUUCUACCACGUGGUCAAGACAACCGCCGGAGAAGGGAGAGCAGCAAGAGGAGGAGGAGGAGGAGGAGAAGAAGAAGAAGAGAGGGAGUUGGUGAAGCUCAAAUGGUUGAAGGUGGCUUUAAUAUGCACUGGCUUGGGUCUAAGUUACAGGUGUGCACUGGAUUUAAUUAUGUUAAUUAUGUUAAUUUGGUAAAUCACGAUUUCAAAUCAUGAAAAUAAUCUCUUGUAAAAAAUAGAGUCGGGAGCUUCAUGCACCGAGCUAUUUUUUUAUAUAUAUAUUAUGGUAAAUCUUAAUCAAAAGUUACAAAUUAAGAUUUA